GUCAAAGCUACAAGCUUUUGGUGUCUUUUAAGACAAUUUUCAAGCCAAAAAAAAGAAAAAAAACAGACAUUAAUGAGGAUGAUUACGCUAAGUUUCGCCGUCCAUUCAUUAAAUUUACCUCUUAUGAUAUCUUCUCUUACAGCCCUUGGCAUUGCUAUUGUCUUAUUAUCCUGCAUUGUUGGAGCCUGCAUCAUUGCUACCUCGUUCGUCUUCAUAUUCAUCUACGUCAUCUGCGAAUGUCUCAGUUGGCCGAUAUUCGAAAAGUUGUUUUCCGAUAUUCUAAGGAGAGGGAUUCAUCGAGUCCGGGCUGCGACUUACCGUGCCAUAAUCGUUAACUACGUGCAACCAUUGGAUAUGCUUGAAGGUUUCCCAGAGAGCAUAAAUGGGAGAUUGUUGUUGAGGCAACAGGCCUUGGACAAACUAUUGCCACCAAUGGCUUAUGGGGUGGAUAAACAUGCAUUGAAAUCGAGCGAGUGCCCGAUUUGCUUGGACGAUUAUGUGGUUGGUGAAUCGUGCAGGGUUUUCCCUGAUUGUAAACAUAUGUUUCAUUUGAGUUGCAUUGAUCAUUGGCUCAAGAAUCAUCUAACAUGCCCUGUUUGUCGGAAAUGCAUUUAAGAUGCAUAAAAACAUUACAUGUAAUGAUCAUUAAAAAGACAGAAACAAUUUAAAACCAUGAAUCAGUUUGAUGUUUCAAGUUGAUAUCUAUUUUCAAAGUU